GAUUGGAGUUUCAGAGAAUUAAAAGUAGCUGAAGAAGGUAUUGAACAAAAACACCAAAACCAUCCAGCCGUGCCGUCAACUUCAAGAAAUCAGGAAAGUGCUUUUAUCCCAUGUAAACCCAAAAACACUCAACGCAACUUCACUUACUGACCACGCCACAGAUGUAAUCCUAAUCAUCCGUUUAGCUUCAUGCUAACAAACGGAGCGAAACAACAUAGACGGGCUAACAAAUAAUAUCAGCGUCGCGGUGUGAUAACCGUGCAAGCGUUGGACAUUUGAGCACAAACGGAGGAAAAUAUAAUACUCGCAUGCAUAUAUUGUGUAUCUUUUGGGAGAAAUGACCGGUAUUACUCACGCUUACCCAGUCAAUUGUGAUUCUACCGUCAGGAGCAGCACAACCUCCAUCGAAUUGAAACAACCAAUGUAGUAAAAACGUUUUAUCACCUAUGUUUUUAUCAUUUUAUUAGAUAUUAAUUCGAAAUUUCUUCAGAUGGUUGUACGAGGCGCAGUCGGUCAAUUGCAGUAUUAAUUUCUAUUAUUGCAAUUUGAGAGUAUAAAAAGUUUGAUUAAUUUGGAUAAGUCCCCACUGAAGCAGCACUGGUGACACUGCAAUUCUGCUAACUUUUGUCUUAUGAUAUGAUACUGCCACCAUCAUUAUGUCAUCGGGUCUUUGACUUUGUAACUUUUGUUAUUAAGGCAACAAAAGUGUUCGCCAAUAUUUAGCACAGGAUCUCGCACCAUACUUCUUUUUCAUUUCCUAAGUCACUCCAGAGACUCUAGCUUUUGUAAACAAGUCAUUAAUUUAAAAAUCAAUUUCCCAUACAUUGUAUGAUUUUCCUUUGAUGAUGUCGUGUAGUUGGUCUUGUUGCGUGCCCGAGUUGCUGCAAUUGUUAAUGUGACCGCGCGUGUCGCUGUUUUCAAAUUUGUCAGCGGAAGUGACCGAGGUCAAAAAUCAAACAUGGCUGCCGCCUGUGUGCUGCGGGCCGUUCGGUCCUCAUUUACGUCUUUCAAUUGUGCUUUAAGUGGAAAUUUAAGUGCGCUCCGAAUGUUAAACGUGCCACUAGUGUCGCAUUCGGUGAGUCAAAGGAGAGGAAUACGACAAGUCGUGGAAAAGCAGGAGGGUCAAACCUUGACCAUUGAAGGAAAAAUACUGGACACGGCAGCUGGACCUCAACCUCCAAACCCCACCGCCAAGUGUCCCAUCUAUAGAUGGAACCUGCAGAACAAAUAUCACUACACGGAUGUUUUGCUGCUCAGUCAAUUCAUCAGGUCAGAUGGAGGGAUGCUGCCAAAGCGAAUUACCGGUCUUUGUCCCGAGGAGCAUCGCAAGGUCGCCACGUGCGUGCAGAUGGCUCACAGAGCGGGUUUGCUUCCCGACCAUAGACCCAAACUUCCGGAGGGCCACGUCCCAAAGCCCAAGCCACAACUCAACAGGUACCUGACCCGCUGGUCCGUCAAAUCGGUCAAGCCCAUCUACAAACGCGGGCUGAAGUGGUGCAAGAAGCCCAUGCCCGUCAGUAGCCUUCUGCUCAAGGACAACGUGCGAUACAGUCCCAAGCCGCGUUGCUAUAGGCACUGAGAGACGCCUGCGCUUCAACUGCAGAUUUAAAAUCAGGGUGAGGAAUCUGCAAGACUUCGAACAAUUCAUGUCCACCUCCAUAUUCAAGUGCGCAACAAAAACAACACACGCAGGCAUGAGAUGUAUUUCAUUUAUUUGGAUUCUUGUCCACUGCUCUGGGCAAGUGCCCCCCCCCC